AUGUCUCAGGAAGUUUUUGUAGCACUGGUCAGCGUCGCAGACGAAACCACAAUUGCGUACCUCUUCAACCAUGGGGACAAUGAUAUCAAGGUCACAGAAGACAUGUUACUUGCCGUGGUGGGAAACCCACAAAGUACAUUGAAUGCCCUCAACUAUGUUGGUUCCUUUUCACCGCAUAUCAUUACCGCCGAGAUUGUCAUGGUGUUGACUGAAACGCAACAUUGCGACGCGGAAACGCUCAACUCACUCCUCCAGCGACUACCUGCCAUGGUCCUCCUCUCUGAGGAUUUUUUGAUCACGACAUCAGAGAGUAAGUAUCACGGAGAGGAAGUGAUGGAAUGCUUGAAGGACUGUGUGGACACAUCAAUUUUCCGAACCUACCUCAGCGAAGAAGUAUUUAUUGAAACGGCGAAAAACGAAGAUUGCGGUGGCCCCCUCAUGGACACUUUGCUGAAAGUUCCUGGUUCAUUGCCAAUUACGGAAGAGGUCAUUGUUUUGGCUGCCCUUUCGAUCCCUACCGAGCCCCCGUUGUUUGGCCAUCCCGUGACUGAGGCACAUGUUAAGGAUCUCUUGUGUCGAGUUGCCAACCCGAGAUCCCCAAGCCUUGAUUUCCUUGAAACUGGGUUCUCACUAUUCGGAUAUUCUUUGUUGACCUUUAUGACGGACAUUUACAAGCAAGUCGGCGAGCUUAAUCCGGGCUUGAUUAAACAAUGUCCCGUCAGAAGAGAGUUUCGUGAGUUUCAAGAGGGUAUAACGAAAAGGGGCCUUCUGCAAGUUAUCGAUGGUCGUUGGCAUUUGGGGCCCGUGGCCCAUGAAGCUAUUCAUAGGGGCGAUGAAAGUAACAUCAGGAAAUUGACCCUCGAAACGGCUGAUCCGGUACUGACAGACAUAUCCAUCACGGCAGAGAUGGUUGAAGAUGAGUUAGAAAGUCACGAUGGCCCCAAGGACAUCAUCAAAUGGCUUCUGGAACAGAAGGCUGGCAGAGUCAUAGUAACAGCCGAAGGCUUUCUCGCAAUCAUUAAGUCCUACAGCCUGUCUACAAUAGAGCUUAUGGCUACCAAGAGUGAAGCCAUCGUCAUCCCUUCAACAUUGUUUGUUUCGUCGCCGAGCCCUGGAGUCGAGGACAUGAAACACCCAUUUAUGGGGUUCAAGUCACGAUCGGACUUGAUGGAGACACUCAUCAUGACCGUGGUGACUAACAAUAGCGGUCAGAAUGUGGCUAUCUUGAGAUACAUGUUUGUUCGCUUUGGUUGUCCCGCAGUUAUAUCCAGCAACGCAUUGAGGGCUGCUGCCAGCUCACCUUACAACCCUACAGGCAUUCUCGAGUUGUUACUCUGUUGUAAUCAUGGCAUGAUUACCGAGAUUGAGUCAAUAGUUCUCGCUGCAGCGGCAAAUCCAGUUGAAGGGGACCGUCUCAUAGUACUGGUCUUUGAUCACCUGGGUGACCAAAUCCUAGUGUCUGAGCCUAUGCUUGUUGCCGCGGCGGGGAACAAGGGCUCCAAAUAUGCUCUCUCCAAAUUUCUGUUGCUGUGGAAAGGUCAAGUAGCCGUCCGUGUAUUUGUGGCAGCAUCGGCGAAUCCCGUGUUUGCAGUAGAGAUUAUGGAGCUCCUGUUGAAGAAAUAUGAAACGCCUAUCACAGAGGAUGUGUUGAUUGAAGCUGCUCGCAACCAAACCCAAGGAGACAAACUUCUUGAUCUGAUAUGUCGCGAACGACACUCUCAGUUCAGUCUGACUGUCAAUAUUGUUCAAGCAGCAUUAGGAAGAGUGUCUCAUAAGUACCGUGCGACAGGACAUUGUAGGGUCCCAGAGCUUUUCCUUGACCCAACACUCUAUGUGGACCCACAUUCCGUUCAGGUGACCGCAAUCCUAUCCAGGUCACUUUCCUACACCCAAUUUAAGAUUUAUCUGUCCAAAGUCAAUCUACUCAAUCCCCAGGACCUGGCAUUGGAGCUUGCCCAGGAAUGUAACGAUGUCACACUUCGCAUGGUUCUUGAGCGAUAUGGUUCGGAAAUUGCCCUUUCUGAGGAACUGCUGACGAAGGCGGCCCGUAACACCCAUUGGCGAACGAACAUUCUCAAGGUUUUCAUCUAUACCGGAGACGAUAAUGGUCAGGCUAUAACUGUGACGCCAGAUAUGAUAGUUGCUGCUGCAGCAAACCCGAGGUAUGGAUAUGAAUCUGUUCAGAUGUUGCGAACAAGACACAUAGGGGGUCCCUUCGUCAACUUUGAGUCGUUACUGGCCACCGUCUCUAAUGAUGGGGACUUCUCCCUAAGGUUGCUAAGGUUGCUCUACCGAUGUUCGCAAGGCCCACUACCGAUCACUACCAAACUUCUUUCUGCCGCUGCCCAAAACCCUGCUCAUGGAAUGGAAAUGCUAAGGCUACUGCUUAACCGCCUUGAGAAACAGGACGAUAAUGAUAUUGCGUAUGAGGAAGUCGCAGAAGCCGCGGCUUCCAAUACUGCAACCAUCGCCGGCAAAUGGGGUGAAGCUUCUAAUAAAUGGGCGGACACUGACUACAUCUGGUGUUCUCCUCUAGGGCUCCUCAUCCGCAGAAGGCGCCACCGCAUAAAGUUCAGCGAAAGUCUCCUAGCUGCCGCUGCAUCUAACCCCAAGAUGGGAAGAGGUUUCGUCCUUCUUCUGAUUAAGUGCGCCGGGCCAGAGCUUACCAUCACUGAGAAUGUUCUUUGUAAAGCGGCUAAGAACCCCCAACAAGGAUAUGACGUAUUAAUGCUCCUUCUCCAUCACCCGAGAUUGAAACACGGUAUUUCAGAGAAUGUAGUUGCAGCAGUGGCAGCAAAUGACCACCACAAGAACUGGAAAAGAGUUCUCGGGCUCCUUCUCGCUCAUCACGGGGCACCAUUUCAAGUUUCAGAAGGCUUGGUCCUCGCUCUGGUUCAAAGUGAAGAAUAUCGUGAUGAGAAACUGAAGGUUCUUUUGGAGCAACAUCAAGGACCUAUCUGCAUUUCGGAUGAAGUCAUGCAGAAUGUGUCGGCACGAGUAAGGGACUCCGUUCGCCGAAAGCUAGAGAUUUACCGAACUUACCCUGUGACCAGGGAGAGGGCCGUAUGGAGUACUUUUUGGAAGCUGUUUGUCAUUUUUAUGUCUUGCUACCUAUCCCCACUUUUCUUUCGACAUCGAGUCAGUCCCCGUCAUUGA